AUGUGUUACCCUAGAGGUGGGAUUUUUUUUUUUCCCCAUCUGUUUCAUCCGGAGGGAAAUAAAAGCAUCCCGAAUUUUCUUCCUCUAGCGGGUUUGCUUCACCGAAAGCUCCCUCUUGUACAGUUCUACAGGAAGCCGGAAGUCUGUACCUCUGUCCACACCACGGUCCUGCCCACACCCACCCUUCCUCCCCCAGACCCAGCAGGUGUGCUGCGCUUCCCUUGCCAGUCAUCCAGCCCUGGCAAACCUGUUUACACUACGGAGUUGUCCCCGGGGGGCAGGGAGGUUGAGCCAGCGAGGGCGGGAAGCUCCCGCACCCUGGGUCCCUCUGCAGCAGAGAUGUCUGUUCCUGGCCAUGUUUGGCAUGUCAUACCCCGUCGCCUCGGUCAGACAUGGCAUACAGUGCCUCGGGCAAAGGCGCUGUAG